CUUUGCAGCAUCAUUUGCCAUCUGAUGGAUCAUUCCGCGGAAUGUAAAUAGUUCGUCGGUGCACCGCCGUUUGAAACGGAAUAUGUUUCAGAGAAAGACAGCGGCGGCGGACGGAUAUCGCGGUUGAGGCAGGUGCCGAUGACGUCACGCCGUCCCUUGCCAGCCGGGGUGUGAGCGGCAGUGGCGGAGUCCGUUAGCUGCACUUUACCGGCUGUGCCUGUUAUAACGACACCAUGGUGGCCAAGCAGAGGAUCCGGAUGGCCAACGAGAAGCACAGCAAGAACAUCACACAGAGAGGAAACGUGGCAAAAACUCUGAGGCCACAAGAAGAGAAAUAUCCUGUAGGACCGUGGCUUCUCGCACUGUUUGUUUUUGUUGUCUGUGGAUCAGCAAUUUUUCAGAUAAUCCAAAGCAUCAGAAUGGGCAUUUGAGACGUUAAAGAAGAUGGACAUUUGCCUUACAUUAGCAUUGAUACCUGAGAGUCACAGCUAUGAGUCCAUAGCAAUUAUUAAUUUCUAUGUGCCUACUGAGUUUACUACGAAGAAGGGAGAGAGACUUCUCAUUGUUCAUCUAGGUGCAUAAACACCUGGGAGCGCCCAGUGCUUUUAUAUAAAAUUGUUGACUUAAUAAAUAGGGUCAGCUGUGACAGCUUUAUUUGUAAUUUUUUUUUUCUUGAUAGAUCCGAUG